UUACCCAUUGAGGAAUCUUUGGGUCUGUAGGAAUGAAAUGAGAACCAAAGGGGGAAGAAAAGGCCACUAUGAGCCAAAUAGUCGGCUAAUAAAUUUCCUUCUCUAUAUGUAUGAGAGAUGCUAACUAUCCAAUUCCUUUGCAUGAGAUUGUGAAACUACCAUACUAAGCUGACUUGCUGAUGUGUGGGCGAUUCACUCAUUACCAGUAUGGAUAUUAUUGUCGUUGAUUCCAUUUGUAAUGUUUGCAUUAGAUCUCCAAGCUGUGAGGCCAGCUAGAGCCUCUCAAUGGGCCUUCAAAUUUUAACACGAGUGAUAGAGCAUCUUCUCGCAUGGAUGUGUAGGUCAUCAAGAAGUGACUCUACCAAUCUCGCACUCUUCCUCUUGCUCUUGUCUUCCAAAAAAAGAUGGUAUGUAUGCUCCACCUAAAUUCAUUGUGACCCACUCCAAUGGUGUUGAUAUCCAUCCCACAUCCAUGUCUUGACGCGCCACACAGUCCGUAGUGUUAGUUUCCUUACAGCGACAAAGAUGUCUAUUGAUAUUAUGGUUCUUUUAGCUUAUCUUAAUGUGGGCGUCUACCACCCUUCAUAAGAUGUCAUCAUUUCGAGCCCUCCAAAGUAAGAAUAGGCUACCCCAAAUGUGACAUGCAGGUAUGGUUUAGAAAUGUGAUAGGAGAACCAAUCAGGAAAAUGUACCUUGAAGAAUGUAGUUUAUUCGAGUUGCAAUAUUAUUAUAUCUAAAGUUCAACAUGUAUGUCUUCAAUUAUAACAAAAAAUAUACAUUAUAAAUAGUGGAAAUCAACAUAAUUAUAGUAUUUUUGAAUAGGAAAAAAAUUCAACCCUAAAAUAAUAAUUCAUCAAUAAAAUAAAAAUAUAAUACUAUAUCAAAUCAUUCAUCUUUGAAUCUAACACAUCUAUAUAGUAAAUAGCUAACAUAAACUUGUCAACUAGACAAAAACCUCUUUUGCUUAUAAAAGAUUAAAGUCUACUAGACUACCAAUUAUUCAAACACGCUAAGUUAAACGAAUAUGCAUCAAAAUAAUUCAAAUGUAAAAAAUGAUAUGCAAUGACCUAUUUCUAUCUCAUCAACAAUUUUGGUAAGGUGGUCAUCUCCAAGAUGAUUCAAGAAUCAAGAGAGGAAAGGCGGCGACAAUGAGGAAUUGAGAAAGUAAACUAUAGCCGACUGAGAGGGUAAAAAUUUCAAGGGUAAAUAUAAUUACAUUUUAAUAAUGUUUAUUUAUUCUAUUACCUUCAUGCUAAUAAUAAUUUAUAAAAAUAUAUUAUAGCUUUUUACGUAUAGCAAAAUACCUUGUUGGGUUGGGGUGGGGUGGGGGGGGGGGGGGGGGUUGGGAAUGGGUAUGGGGCGAGCGACGCUAAAACCAUACCCGCCUCAUACCCAUCAAGUUCUUUGCGGAUUUUAUCCAUACACGGUCAAUGCGAGGAUUCCCCGUGUUGACUGGGUCGGAGGUGGCGGAUACUCGCGGCCAUGGGUUUGAUUGUCAUCCCUAACUAAGAUGGUGUAAUAAUCACAUAUUACAAAUUAUAAUAAAAAUAAUGAAUAUAUGCGUCAACGAUUUAUGACAGCAAGUCAGAAUACUAUAUAACAUGAAAAAAUACAAUAUUGGGUUAAAAGUGGAAGGAACAUGAAAGAAAAAAAAAUAUUAUAUUGGGUUAAUAGAUAGAACAUGAAAAAUAAAAUAGCAACCUCUUACUUAUACCUACUAUUUGCGGAUGUGUUUUUGUUGUUGACAAAUGUGGUUCAGCUUAAUCCAUCUCCAAACAGGGAAGCCAGUCACGUUGCAGAAGUGGAGCAAUGAUGUUACAUAUUAAAAAUUCAAUCAAGCGGUGAUAUGUUAAUCCUAGCCUGACAAGCAACCAAAUCCUCAAUGGAACUCAAUUGUCAAGAGACAAACUUGACUUUGAUCCACAGUGCUGAAUGGAUGCGCGAAAGCAUAUGAGCGAUCAUUGCUCGACACUACCACACACAUUGGAUAAGAUAUUUUUACAUUGCAAAGGACAUAACCUGGCAAUCUGUACAGAUGCAGGUAGGCACCGGAUCAUGUGUUGCAGUCAAGAUGACAUUGAAUAGACCAUAGGCUUUCGCUUGAAUAUGGUAGGGACAAAGGAAGGUAUAAGCCUUGACGUUGUACAAUUGACCAUGAUAAUUAGCAAUAAUAAUACCAUAAUCUGCAAGAGACGAAUCUGAGACAAAGGAAUUGCCACAAAUCAUCACUUGUACGAGAACCAAAAAGGUGAUGGUGAAGGGUUCAAAUUGGGACCCCUAGGUUGAGAAAGUGAAUUUUGGGAGCACUUCCUUUUAUAGAUUUGUUACUCAUAUAAAUUAUCAUAUUUAUGUGAAAUGUGAUCAUUUAUGGAGUCCGUGAAGGAUGUCUAAAACUUAAAACUGAAGCAUGAUAAACAGAGCACUAUUACCAAAAUUCAAUUUAUACAUGAAACUUGCAUUAAUAAUAAUGCAUAGAACACACUUCCAAAGUUAGAAAUGCUCUUACAAUCUGGGUAACGCUAUAAAAUGUUCCACUUGAGAGUCGUAUGGCAAGCUGUUAGAAUUCCUUUGGGUAUAUAUUAGUUACCACUUAUCAGAAUGGGUAGCAAGUUAAGAUAUGCUAACAUUUUGGUUGAACUGAGUGCAGAUUGGGAGUUUUCUGAUCAUGUUGUGCUUUGAACGGAUGAGGAAUCCUUCAUUCACAUAAGGGUGUCUUAUUUUCACCUACCACCAGUUUGCAAAAUAUGUUUCUCAUUUGGAUUAGAUUGUGGUUGUGAAAGUAGGCAAGGGAUACAGGUAUGGAUCUGCAAAGAUGCCAGUGACGAAGGAUGUGAAGUUGAGAACCUUGAUGUAAAGGAUAAUGAGAAGAUUGAUAAGGAUAAUGAAUUAAUUAUGGAAUCUUAAUCCCCAUUUGAAGUUGCAAGGGAAGCAGUAGAGGAAUCUGGCUUAAUGAUUAGAUCAAAUAUUUGUUGGUAUUGGUUCCGCUGAGAACAAGGGCGAGUCAUCUACUCUAUUGAAAAGAAUCAAUCUUGUGCAGUCAUUUCAUUAGUUUCCUAGUUGGUGAGGUUAAAUCAUUUUUCUUCCAUCUGAAGAUGAAUUUCAUCUAGUGGUUAAUGGUGUUGGACCUACGGUAUAGUCUCCUCAAUCAAGUCAUAAGAGUGUUCUCCUCUAAUCCAUCAUGAUCAUUCUGCUUUGGAAUGUUAGAGUAAUAAACUCUCUAAGAGAAAGAACUUUCUUUCAUUCCUUAGUAACUACACCAUAUAGGUGGUAGAUGUAUUGGAAACAUGAGUUUGAUAGGUUAAAUCAGAAGAGGUGGUGGAGGGCUUAGAGUAUGUUUAUUAUUAACCUAUUGUUGUUGACUACUUGACUUAAGGAUAAUUGAUCGUAGUAAGAUGUUUGUCUAUUGUCUAGUGUGAUCACAAGAGGGUGGAAUUUUUUCAGUUACGACUGUUUAUGGCUCAAAUGAAGAGAUAGAGAGAAGAGCUAUAUACCAGGAAAUGGCUAGAGUGAAGGUAAGUAGUUUCCCGUGAUUGAUUGAUGGUAGUUAUUAUUUCCAAUGAGGAUCUCAAACCUGAGGGAUUUUAUGAGUUGUAUGACUGAUUUUAGUAGUUGAGUGGCUAGUAUGGAAGUGUUUUAUCAUCAUUAAAUAUGCCCAUUCUUUACUUGGACAAACAACCAAGAGAGGAAUUUGAUAGCAAAGAAAUUAAAUAGGGUCUAACUGAAUGAGCAGUGCUUUGAUACAUCUCAUAAUUGUAGAAUUGAGAUUAUUAAUACCAACUUCACAUAUCAUUGUGGUAUCAUUGUAGCUUCAAAGCCUCUACAAAAGAUCCCUCUCUAAGGCCUUUAAAUAUUUAGAAUUCUUUGUUCACGUGGACACAACAGUGAAGUCUUGUCGUCUAGCAUUAGAGUGUCUGUUACAAAUAGGUCGGAUGAUAAUGCAAAAAGUAUGCUUUGUGUUUGUCACUUCGACUAAAAUUAAGAAUAUUGUACUUCAUAAGAAUCCUCAUAGAGCUCUAGGUCCUUAUGGGUUCUCAGUGCGGUUUAAAAAGAAAGUUUGGAAAAUAAUUGCAUUAGUAUUAAUUUUUAAUAAACUUAAUAAACAGAAUUUUUUGUUUCAUUUAAACAUUUUUUAUUCUUCAUUACCCCAUAGAGAUAUCGAAUAGAAUGAACAAUUUUUUUCCACUGUAACUUUGAAAAUGAUGUUGCGAUAAGGGUGGUGUUCUUGAUUUUGUCACUUCAGAGCGACUUUCGGGUAGUGUAAAUGCUACAUGUGUAUCUCUUUGCUCUAAAAUUUCAUUUGCUUGUUCUUUAAAUGAUCUCAGACAUAUAUGUUUAUUAGGUUGAAAAGGUUCUCACAUGAAAUUAUAAGUGGUCCAUAUAUGUUUAUUAUAGCUUUGGAUGGGUUAUCUCUGCUUCAUAAAAAUAAUGCAUGGAAAAUGUUUGGAUUUCGUCAAGGACAUUGUGAGUGAGAUACUUAGUACUUACUUCCCCUAUGGAUUGCUUGGAUGUUGAAAUACAAGGUGAAGAAUGGUAGCAUGUGGAAUGUCAAUUCCAGUCCUAGUUGCUCUUGGGCUCGGAGAAUGGUACUCAAAAUACGACUCAUUCAUCAAGUUCACUUUAAGGUGCAAGGUUCAGCUCCAUGUUGGGAUAGUAUUCCUGUGAAAAAUUUUAAUUUUGUUGUUGUUUGGGAAACCUUGAGGCCUAAAUGACAUAUUUUUUAGUGGGCAUCACUUGUGCGAGGGAAAGGUUGUACCUCGCUUAAGUUUCAUAACAUGGAUAGUGAUGUUGGAUGGUAUUGUUGCUAGAGGAAAGAUUAUAAGAUGGGAGAAAAUUAUGGAUGAAAUUUUCGUGUUGUGUGAAUCCUGUGUUGAAGCUAGAGAGCACUUUUUUUUUUUUCCAAUGAUCUUACACAAAAAAAGUUUGUGGAAUGUAUUAGUUGUAUGACUCUAUUUUGCUGGAGGUCAUAGACUGACUAAGUUCAUGCUUCAUGUGUUCUCUACAAACAAAAUAAUGUUGCUUGUAGAAUUCUUGGUCUUCUCUAGUGCUUGAGUGUGGCAUACCUAUGGAUAGGGAUAUGUAGGAUGCUUCAUAGAGAACAUCCUAGACUUGCUAAAAAUUGGAAGAUUUUGUGAUCCAAUAUCUAUUAUUUAUAAAUAGUGAAACGAACUGGUUAGUGGAUUUAGUUGCAAUGAGUACUAGCAAAUUGGUAGAAAGUUGUAAUAUUGGCAAAGUUGAUUAAAGCAUGUUGCUUUACUGGAAUUUACUCAUAUUCCUCAAGGACUUGUGUUUAAACUCCUCUUCUUUGUAUGGUUUAAAGUACGCAUCUUGCAUAAUGUUUUGCUAGCAAUAAAAGGGAACCAAUUCAACAAAAAAAAAGUUAUUUAUAUGAUAUAUCAAGCUUAGUUUUUGAAGAGCUACAUAUUAGUCUAAUUGAUAAAUUCUAUAGUGAGUUAUGUUCAUAUAUAUCGACGGGGUAUAAGGUUCAUUUAUGGAAAAUUGGGUUGUAUUGUUCAUUGAAUGGUGAUUAUUUUAUAUAUUGUAGGGAAUCUAAGGGUAAGGAGGUCUUGGUGGAACCAAGACCCAAACAUUGAUAUACCCACUAGAAAAAGUAAGUAGAAUCAGAGAUAAUCCUUGUAUGUUAAGGUUGAUGUAUGAUUUUGAUUUUGAGUUUGAUUGUGGGAUUGGAUUACCAUUGUGAUGCUUGGUUAAAUGAUGAACGUGGUCAACAAUAUGUAGAUGAUUCUAACUUGAAUAGUGAUUGUCUAACUGUGGUUUUUACCUUGAUGGGGUGAUUGUUAUGCAAUGGAAAUGUGAUGUUGUUCUUCGUGGAUUAUUGAAGGAUUACAUGAAAUCUUGAAUUGUACCUUCAAUAGAUCGAGUUGAAUUGGAUUUAUUUGAUAUUGUUGACCUGUACUUUUGAUUAAGAAAGAGAUAUUUGCAAGAAAGAUUAGAAGCCUUUUGAUACUAUAUGAGGAAGCGAGAAGCCUUUCGACAUUCCAUGAGAAAAACAGUAGUUGUUUUACCCCAGGAUGUUCUGGACGCUUAGAGAGGCUACACUUGAAGACUUGCUGGUACUCAGUGAAGGGCGCCACCGACGUUCCUGCAAAAAGUGUCCCCAUGGGUUGUGCGGGACAUCCUCCAACGCCCAAGUUAGAGAAGGAUAAAGAGUGAUUUACAUAUUGAAAAUAAUAAGUAGUUGAGUUAACAUAAAUGAAGUAGAGAGGGAUGUUUAAUGCUCAUGUCAGAAGGAUCAUAGAUUUUCUUUACCGUACAACACCUGCAACUUGCAUUAAAUGUGCAAGUUAGGAAUGUUCUUUAUCGUACAACGUCUACGGUUGCAUUUAAUGUGUUUAGGGAAGUGUGAUGCAUAUCCUGACACAAGGCUUUGUACUAUCGCCUAUCACACAAGCAUAUGCUUCACCUUUGGUGGGCAUAAUGUAUGAUUCUUCGGGAGUGGAAAGUGGGUUCCAAGCAAAGGUUCCAACAAAGUUCCACGUUUCGUGUCUUUACGCUUUUCAUUGACUCACGCAAAGCAAGCCGAGCUUUAUGAGAUCAGACGCGAAUCGUGACUUGGGCCACAUUGUGCACUUUAUGGAUACCUUAUUUUGUGAUAGUAUUAUUCACGCUUUUGGUUCAAAGUAAAUCAAUGUUUUGAUGGUGUUGAGUUUUGAUUGCACAUUGUUGACCUUGAGUAUUGUCAUUAUUUUUUCCGAUGCACUAAUGCCUAUAUUUGAUGAAUUUGCUUGAUUAUGGAUAAUUCUGCUUUACUAAGAUUGAGACUCAUCAAACACCCUAUUUUUUGCCAGGUUGGAAAGGGGUUUUUGCAUCAGACUUCUCGAAGAUGAGUAAACUUUGAUGCUUGAUCGAUCAGCAGUUGGGAUUCACACUCUUUGCAAAAGCAUAAUGCAUAUGCAUUCGAAACUUUGUUGAGUAGAUACGUGAAAAAUUAGUUUUAGUGUAGUAAGGUUAAGAAACUAAAGUUGUAAGCUACUGUGUGUUGAAGGUUUUUCAACUUAUAGAUAAGUAAUCUAAAUGAUUUGGUAUGUUGUAUGAUAUAAUGGAGUUACAUAUGAAUUAUAUAUGUCCUAAUGAGACAAGGUUCCUUGAAAUUAGUGUGCAACUAUUGUUGUUAGUAUGUUGGAAAAGAGCUUAAACUGGUGAAUAAAGCCUGUGAAAUAUGAAACCAAGUUGUUGUCAACUACGCAGAGAGAACAACUCGGCCAAUAGAACCAGAAAGUCCAAGCAGAACACACCAAACAAAGAGUGCGAAUGUAGCAAACAAGAAAUUAGAGCUCAAACCAAAACUACGAUGAUAAAAAAAAACAUGCCCAAGAAAGUGGAUUCCCUCUAAGGUUCUAGGUCUUUUGUUGUUUAAGUUCCAAUGUAACUUUACAAUGAUAAAUUUAUGAGUUGCUAAUACACACCCUAACUAUAUGUCAACAUAUUUUUUACACAUUGGUAAUUAUUAGUAGUAAGAAAGUUAUAUAAGAUCCAUACAUGAACCUCUCGCAACAACUCAUCUUAUUGAGACUAGUUAGUUUACGCGGUACGUCACAUAAUUAGUUUGACCGUGAAGUUCUGUGUUGAAGUCCUCACGAUCCCAACAUUAAAACUUUAAAGUGUUCCAAAAAAAAAUUUCCCCUUAAGAAAGAAGAAAGAGAAGGUGAGGGAGAAAAAAAAAAGCAAUCAACAUCUCACCAACCUCCCGAGUUAGUGAUGGGAGGUGGUGGGAAAAAGGGAAGGGAAUAGUGGAGUCGUCUCUCUCUCCACCCAUCAAUUGAGUUUAUACUGAGAGCGGAUGGAUCCAAAUGCUAAACAGCAACAGAAGGUGGGAGGAAAAGGGAGGGUGGAGGGGCAUAUAUCCAACGUGGCGGUCGCUAAUUGGUCAACAUCAGUAGGCGGGAGUAGGUGAGUGACACCAACAGCGCCCCCUUCCUUCCCUCCAUCCUUCCAGUAUUUUAUAUUGACCUUUGCCUUUGAUUCCGUCUGCCUGUUUCUUCCGCUUUCUUUUUUUCUUUUCUUUCUAUAUUCCCUUUUCCGAAAGUCCAAUUUCUUGGCCUAGCUAUCUAAUCUAAUCUCACACCAACUAUAAAACCUCCACCUCGAGGGCGAAACAACUCAGGUUGCUCCAACCUAAUUCAAGCUCAUUUCCCACCCACCUUCAUUUCCCGGCUGUUCAUCUUCCUUUUUUUUCCCUCCACCAAACCCAACCAGCGAGCUAAAAGAAUACAGUUUCCGAUCUCGGCGCCGGCCGGCAAAGGAGCACUAAGCAAGCAGAGUACUUCAUCACUACUUCUUUCAUCAGGUAAUUGAUCCUUCAUUCUUCUCUCUCCGUUUCUUGUUUGUUUUUUACUCGUUUUGGUUCAUGCAUGUCCGUCAAACUCCUCCAUCUCUCUCUCGAUGUAUCUGUCUAUCUUUUGGUUUUGGAAACUAUCAUUUGUGACAAGAAAACGCGACCCGGGAAUCUAAUGGAACGGUUGCAUGGCAUCAUCGGGCGGCCGGGAAUCUAAUGGAAUCUAGAAAAUAGAGUUGGUAAAAAAAAAAAAAAACAGUUUUGCUCCCUUUCUCGAUUAUCUCCAUUCAAAUCAACUUUCUCUUACAAAUUUCUGGAGAAUGAAACCACCCAUUCACGCAUCACCACCGUAGUUUGAUUAUUCACCAUCUGACGUACAAGACUUAGGAUAUAGAUGAGGUAAUUUGGCAACUAAGUAUUCUUACAUAGUUAUUAAUUAAGUUAGCUACAUUCAAAGAGAACGACAAAACAGAGGGUUAUUUUGGUCCAUACCAUACCAGACUUGGUAUUGGGGAAGUUUGUAUUUUUCUUUCUCAUAAUAAAGUUAAAAAAAUGAAAAUUAGGUAAUUUGGCAAGUUUAUUUUUCCUUUAUUAUUCCUAAUUAAACAAAUCUCUAGAGUUGAAAUUUCAAACUGGAAAUUAAUAUACUACCCUAAUAAGAAAAAAAAGCAAAUAUUACUGCCACAUAUAUAUAUAUAUAUGACGAGUUCUACGGUACCCUGGGUAAAAUCCGGGGUACCACAUACCUUGAGUAUGAAAACACUAUCUAGACCUUGAAUUGACCGAUCUUUCGGACAUGAUACGAUACUCUAGCUCUUAAAGAUCAAAAUCUAGGUCUUAAUUCUCCCAAUCUUAUACUCCAAGAUAAAUUUUAUUAGAAAUAAUAAUCGACGGUUAUGAUUCGUCCAAAUAUAGGCACAAAAAAGAAUGUACCAUCUUAGGGUUUAUAGAUUAUAAUUUAGAUAAUUAGGACCUAGGGUUCACUCAUUAAGGGUUAGGGUAUAGUAUCAGACCCAAAAAUCCUGCUAAUUCGAGGUCUAGAUACCGUUUUCAUACUCAAGGUAUGCGGUACCCCGGAUUUCACUCGGGGUACAAUAGAAGGCACCAUAUAUAUAUAUAUAUAUGAAUCUGUAAAGUGGAAAAUUCAACCUGAAAUAAUAUUCUAACCUAAAUUAAAAAAAAGGGAAUUAUAUUACUGCCGUCUAUUUAUUAUUCUCCUUGAGUUUUUUUGACUGUUUGUUCUUAGGUAGGAAUUUGGUCCAACAGUAAAGAAAAUUAGAUGGGAAUUAGCUCGGGAGUUGCGACUUGGAUGCCUUCCUCUCUAUAAAUAUAAAUUAACAGAAGACUACAUGAUAUGAACCGUCUCCUGGGGAAGAAACAAAAACAAAAGAUAAAUCAAAAUACAAAGGUUGGCACUGCACUGCAGGCAGGAAAAAAAUAUUACACUUGGCCAACAACGUAACUCUGCUGCUGCCUCUUUUUUGUUCUGUAAGUAGGACCAAUUAAUCGUCAACCCACCUUAUCAUCAAUCAACAAAACUCUAAUCUCAUUGUUAAUAUCAUUUUCUUCUUCUGUUCAACGAUACGCGUGAAUUGAUCUUAGGUUUACCCUUGUGUUAUUCUUUUUCCAUAUUUCAGAAUUUUCGUCUCGUGAAAAAACAUUAUCACUAACAAAGAACAAAACAAAAUCGGUCCAAGGGUUAACGUGACUGCACAUUGCGCCUCCAGUCUGUCCCCAACCCAUAUGAUCUUUUCAAGACCGAAUCGAACAAUUGAUUUAAAACGGUUUUGUUGUUUUAAUAUCCGAUCCGAUCUUUAAUUCAUUUUUAUUUUAUGACGCUGCGGGCAGGCCGGCGGGGAUCUUACAAAUAUAAAUACAGUCAACUGGGCCAGUCCAAUUCAUUUUCAUUAAUGAUUAUUUUAUCACGUUUUGUCUACCUUGACCACUUAAUUAAUACAAAGCUAAUUGCAUUAUAUACUUGGAGCAGGCCAGCAACCUUUACCAAGAAAGCAAAUCCGAACUGUGAAAGCGGAAAAAAAAAAAAUCGAGAAUGAUCGUCAACGUGAAGGAAUCGAGUUUGGUCCAGCCGGCGGAGGAGACUCCGAAUGUGGGUCUGUGGAACGCCAACGUUGACCUGGUCGUGCCGCGGUUCCACACCCCGAGCGUCUACUUCUACCGCCCCACCGGCGCCGCCGACUUCUUCGACCCGGCCGUCAUGAAAAAGGGCCUGGCUAAGGCCCUCGUCCCGUUUUACCCCAUGGCCGGGCGGCUGAGGAGGGACGAGGAUGGUCGGAUUGAGAUCAACUGCAACGCCGAAGGCGUUCUCUUCGUCGUCGCCGAUACCACCUCGGUGAUCGAUGAUUUCGGCGACUUUGCGCCCACGUUGGAGCUCCGGCAGCUUAUCCCGGCUGUGGAUUACUCCGGCGGGCUCUCCACCUAUCCUCUCUUGGUUCUCCAGGUGACAUAUUUCAAAUGUGGCGGAGUCUCGCUCGGCGUCGGGAUGCAGCACCACGCCGCCGACGGCUUCUCCGGCCUACACUUCGUCAACACGUGGUCCGACAUGUCACGAGGGCUCGACAUCACACUGCCGCCGUUCAUCGACCGGACCCUCCUCCGAGCCCGCGACCCGCCCCGCCCGGCAUUCGAGCACAUCGAGUACCUCCCUCCACCGGCGAUGAAAACCCUCUCCACCGCCGCCGCCGCCGUCACCGGCGACGCCGCUUCCAAACCGACCGCCGAACCUGCCCCCGCCGCCGUCUCGAUCUUUAAGCUUACAAGGGACCAGCUCAACGCCCUGAAAGCGAAGGCCAAGGAAGCCGGGAACACAAUCAGCUACAGCACCUACGAGAUGCUCGCCGGUCACGUCUGGCGUUCCGCCUGCAGAGCCCGCGGCCUCGCCGACGACCAGGACACCAAACUGUACAUCGCCACCGACGGGAGGUCCCGCCUCCGCCCGCCGCUACCCGCGGGCUACUUCGGCAACGUGAUCUUCACGACCACCCCAAUCGCGUCGGCGGGGGAUCUGGGCAACAAGCCCACCUGGUUCGCCGCGGGCCGGAUCCACGACGCGUUGGGCCGGAUGGACGACGAGUACCUGCGGUCGGCGCUGGAUUACCUGGAGGUGCAGCCGGAUCUGACGGCGCUGGUCCGCGGGGCCCACACUUUCAAGUGCCCGAACCUCGGGAUCACGAGCUGGGCUCGGCUGCCGAUCCACGACGCCGACUUCGGGUGGGGCCGGCCCAUCUUCAUGGGCCCGGGCGGGAUCCCGUUCGAAGGGCUGUCGUUCAUCCUGCCCAGCCCGACCGGCGACGGGAGCAUGUCGGUGGCGAUCUCGCUGCAGGAGGAGCACAUGAAGUUGUUCAAUAGCCUCAUCUAUGAGAUUUAAUUUCAUUCAACUAGUAAAAAAUUGUCUCAAAGGCACAUAUGAUGAUGGUGGAAUCGUUUUUUUAUUGUUAUUUUCCUUUUUGUUCAUGAUAAAGCUGCUCUGUUCAUCGAAUUCCUGCAGACUAUUUUCGUGCAACUGUUGAUUAGAAAUGAAAAUGCAGAAGAGAAAAAAAGUUACAGUACUGCU